CAUCAUCACUCUUCCCUAGUCACACUUUCUCAUCGAUUCACUGAAACUCAUUACUUGUCUCACACACGUUCUCUUACCGCCCAUUCUCUAAUGCAGCGACAGCAGAAUAUAUCUGGUCGUCAUAAGAGGGUGUCCAAUGCGUGCCAGCGAUGCCGCCAACAUAAGAUCAAAUGUUCCGGGUCACAACCCUGCAAAGCUUGCAUCAAUAGGGGUUCCAGGUGCAAUUUCGUAUCCGAAGAGCGGAACAUUCUUGUAUCGGAAAGAUCUCUCUCCAACCUCCGCAAAAGGCUCGACAGCUUUGAGAGAAAGCAGAACAAAUCCGCUUCUCCACCCAAAGAUUCCCCUCAACCAAUCUCCUCCCUGUCUGUGUCUGAACAUCCCAAUGAGCAAAUCAAUUGUUUGCCUCUCCCCCAUGCAAGUGACGGCAGUUCACAAGGCUCUCCACAUGCACCUUGUCAAGGACAAGACACAGAUCAACACCAAGACCAUGACCAGGCGCUGCCUCAGCCUUCCGCGGUGACGCUUCAGCAUGGCGAAGCUGCCGGCUCUGAUGAUGCCGACGUUUCCAACCUGCUCGUGCCUGAGCAGCCGAGCUACAUGUCCGACUACUCGGGGAGACUGAGAUACCUGGGACACUCGUCGACAUGGUCCUUCAGCUACCAGGUCCUUCAGAUGGCCUCACAAAGUGCCGGGCUCUCAGGUUCCCCGGCGGCGUCGAUGCAGAUGCACGUAGAUGGGCAAACCUAUAGCAUCCCGGAACGCCAGAUAGAUCUCAGUGCUAUCCAGAUAACCAGCCUUCCCUCCCUAGAACUCGCUCUCUAUUACCUCCAGACUGUUAAGUUCCGGACCCAUCCUCUCCUCCAUCUUUUCGAAGAGACGGAUUUUGUGCAUAACCUUCAUCUCUUUUACCAGGAUCCCCUAGGGGUUGCCAGGACGCAUAAUCUGUGGUAUAUACACUACCUGGUCAUCAUGGCCUUUGGAAAGUCAUUUGCCGGGCAGCAACCAAGCAUUGGACCGGCAGGCGCGGACCUCUUCUCACGUGCUAUGAAUCAGAUGCCGGACGUCACAUAUCUCUCUCGUGAUCCUGUCAAGGCUACCGAGAUCUUUUGUUGUAUUGCGCUCUACCUACACUGUGUUGACCAUCGCGUUGCUGCACACUCAUACAUUGGCCAAGCUGUGAGAAUGGCCCAGUCGCAUGGGCUUCAUACAGACAUGCAACCUGCAUCAGUCGGUGAUCGACUCGCCCAACAUGGUCGCCUCCUUUGGUGGACCGUCUACACUCUUGACCAGAGGCUUUCAUCCUUAAUGGGUAUAACAAACGGUAUCCAUGAUGACGAUAUCAGUGCCUUAGCACCGCAGAUAUCUGAGAAUGACAUUCAUUCAUCGGCCCUUGCGAUUCACGUCAAGAUUUCACAACUUCUGGGCUCUAUUACUAUCACUGUAUACGGACCGAAAGCAAAACUCAAAGAAAGUUUCUUAGCGACGAUACGCAAAGCCCUCAAAGGCAUAGCCGAGCUAAGUGAAGACCUGUCCGCAUUUUCUGGCCGGUUAAUUGGUGAAAUCUCCCGCGUGUCGGCCCACCUCAAUCUGCAGUAUAAUCAGUGCAUUGUCCUCACAAUAAGACCGCUUUUGUUUCACCUGUACAAGCAAAAGCUCCUAGGCUCGGGUACAGCUGGCGAAUUCACCCUUCCUUCUUCGAUCAGAGACCUCAUCCAAGUUGUGACCAAUUCCGCUGUUCAAAUGGCAAACAUACUGUCUCAAUUGAAGCGACACGGACUCUUAGACAUCCUCCUUCCUUUUGACCUCGAGGCAGCCUACUCAGCCGCUUUCGUCUUGGUGAUGGCCUCUGAGGUCGAAGCUAAGCAUGCUAUGCAUGAGGUGUCUCUUGCAGUUUUACUCGACGUUUUUGACACCAUGAUUAUGGCAGGGAAUCUUCAAGCCAGCUCACGAAAAGCCGAGGUGGAAGAGUUGGCCUACUCUUUACGAAGGCAGUUCCACCCAGAGGUCAAUGCCAAUAACGAGAAUGUCACCGAUGCAAUGGCCUCCAAUCAGCCUGGUGAAGUUACCUUUGCAACUCAGUUUGGCUUGCCUAGUCCUGGCGGGACGUCCUUCGAGGGGUGGAGUCCUGGGAAUUUCUAUCCAGAUUCUCGAAUUGAAGGGUUGGCUGAUUCCCUUACCAUGGAUGGACUUCUUGACUUAUGGGUACAAUGAGAUAGAAUUGUAAUUCUUCUAAUCCUUCUAUGUGACUCGCUACUGGCAACCUGGUCGGUACAAUUAACUCGUGGCUGGACGUCGCUGUGCUGAUCAAGUACUGGCUAGAAACUCAACGAUUGAUGUUGGGGGAUUCGGUCAAAUUCCCGACCUUUGCCUUUUCUCAAAGACAGUAAGAG